AUGAUGAUGACGAUGAUGAUGAUGAUCAUCAUCAUCAUCAUAAUCAUCAUCAUCCACCAACUGUUGCUGUCCCCCGAUGAGGGCUUUGAACGUGAAGGUGAAACGACAGGGGAAAACGUCUGUUUGUUCCGACGAGGCGUUGUCUUCCGUGGCAUUCUCAAUGGCCAACCAAUCGCUGUAAAGAAGGUUCAGAAGCAAGCGGAGACGGACAUUCGGCAUCUUCGGAACCUGCGGCAUCCAAACAUUGUUCGUUUCAUGUAA